GCCCGCCCGCGGGAUGGUCGCCCUCCCGGAGGCUGCGGGGCGGCGGCCUGGGGUCGGGGUCGGCGUGGUGGUGACGAGCAGCAGGCACCCGCGCUGUGUCCUCCUGGGCAAGAGGAAAGGGUCCUUCGGAGCCGGCAGUUUUCAACUUCCGGGGGGCCACUUGGAGUUCGGGGAAACGUGGGAAGAAUGUGCUCAAAGGGAGACUUGGGAAGAAGCAGCUCUUCACCUGAAAAAUGUUCGCUUUGCCUCAGUUGUGAAUUCCUUCGUCGAGAAAGAAAAUUACCAUUAUGUGACCAUACUAAUGAAAGGAGAGGUGGAUCUGACUCACGACCCAGAGCCAAAGAACACAGAGCCUGAAAAAAAUGAAAGUUGGGAGUGGGUUCCCUGGGAAGAAUUUCCUCCCCUGGACCAGCUUUUCUGGGCACUGCGAUGUUUAAAGGAACAAGGCUACAAUCCAUUUAAAGAGGACUUGGAUCAUCUGGUGGGGUACAAAGGCCAUCAUCAUCUCUAGGCAAGAAGAUAACGUGAUCUAUUUUGAAAAGACAAAAUGAGGUCCUGUUAGAGAAUGAAAAAUAACCCACAUUUCAGAACAACUGCAUUCUACCUAAAAGUUUCCAUGUGAUUGUCAAUUUAUUUGCUGUCUCUUCAUAUACCCACCACCCUUUCAGCCAGGACUUGUGAAACAUUUUCUGGCAUUAGGUCAGUUAGGUCACGUGAGACGGAGACUCAGAAAGUGUGAUAAAUGGUGAUAUUGUGCAAUUCUGCAUCCUGUACUCUUCUGUGAUAUUUACUGUGCAGUUUGCCGUUACCCGCUGCAUGGAGGGGACGGCAAUAGAACAGCCUCCGUGUGUCCCUUCAAAUAGAGAUCCUCGUUCAGACGCUGACACGGCAUGCCUGCCGCAGCAUUUGUCACGUGGUUUGAUUUUCCUCUUCUGUUUUAUUUAAAACAAAAUUUUCAGGGGAUCCCUGGAUGGCUCCAUGGUUUAAAAUGCACCUGCCUUAGGGCGUGAUCCUGGAGGCCUGGGAUCGAGUCCCACGUCGGGCUCCCUGCAUGGAGCCUGCUCCUCCCUCUGCCUGUGUCUCUGCCUCUCUGUGUGUCUCUCAGGAAUAAAUAAAUAAAAUCUUUAAAAUAAAUUCACCCAAUUAGACAUGAAGGUUUAUGUCAAUGCAAAUCAAAAACUAACCCGGGCUCUCUUAUUUAUAGGAAAAGGUCAAAAGAUAGGUUUCGUAUUACAGGAGGAUUGCAUUUACCCCAGCACCGAAUGUGCUCAGUUGACAUCCCAUGAUCAGUCGGUAAAUAUUUCUUUAGAUAACCAGGUGAACGGAGGAGGAUCUAGAACUCUUAGGUAAGCAGUUAAUUCCUUUUUUUAAGAUUUUUAAAAAUUUAUUUGAGAGAGCGAGAGCACAAGUGGGGAGAGGGGCAGAGGGGGCAGCAGGGUCCCGGCUGCGCAGGACCCCGGGGUCCCAGCCUGGCCUCAGACCCGAGCCCAAGGCAGCUGUUAACUGAGGCAGCCGCCCAGGCGCCGCUGUGGGCGCUUCAUUCUUAAAUGGUCUGAGGAUUGCCUUUGAUGGCACCCCACGAAUGCUCACUACUGGCCAGUGUCUUUUUUAAAGAUUUUAUUUAUUUAUUCAUAGAGACACAGAGAGCGAGGCAGAGACACAGGCAGAGGGAGAAGUGGGCUCCAUGCAGGAAGGCGGGGAGCCUGAUGCGGGACUUGAUCCCAGGACCCAGGGAUCACGACCUGAGCCCAAGGCAGAUGCUCAACCACGGAGCCACCCAGGAGUCCCUCCUGUUGACUUUCUAGAAUAUUUUAAGAAAUCCAAAUUCUGAAAUACAUUUAGACCCCAGGGCUUAGGUUGAGGGGUCGUAGAGCUGUAUAUAUAAGUGCAAAGUGAGCGUGUCCACAGCAGUUUGAUUUCUUUGAGGCACACGUGACUAUUUUAUUUUUUUAAAAAGAUUUUAUUGGGCAGCCUGGGUGGCUCAGUGGUUUAGCACCGCCUUCAGCCCAGGGCCAGGAUGAGUCCCACAUCGGGCUCCCUGCAUGGAGCCUGCUUCUCCUUCUGCCUGGGUCUCUGCCUCUCUUUCUCUCUCUCAUGAAUAAAUAAAAUCUUUAAAAAAUAAAAAAAUAAAAAGUAUUUUAUUUAUUUAUUCAUGAGAGACACAAAGAGGCAGAGACCCAGGCAGAGGAAGAAGUAGGUUCCCUGCAGGGAGCCCAAUGCGGGACUUAAUCCCGGGACCCCAGGAUCAUGCCCUGGGCAGAGGCAGAUGCUCAGCUGCUGAGCACCCCCGAGUGUCCCUCCCUUUUCUUUUUUAAUCGUCUGCCCCAUGAACCCUCAUAAGGAAUCUAUGUUCCUUAGUCCUCUGUGUUUUUCUGUUUGGGUUUAUUUGUUGUCGUUUUGUCUGUGUUGGCCUGCGAGUGCAACCACAAGCUUCCUGGAGGGAAGAGGUGCUAAGACCCUUGGACCGUGAUGCAGGGCCUGAGACGGGUCCGGAAAGGCUGUAGGGCCGGAUGCUCAAACUUGAGUGGAAGGCCCCACCCCGGUCUCCAGGCAGCAGGCAGCGGGCAGCUUCUCCAGGCCGCCUUCCCACAGCCUCCCCGUGACUCUGAAACGCUUGAAUGUGGCCACACUUGGAGAAACACCCCGUUCCAGGCACUUGGCCGUGUAACCGAUGUGGCCGUUGGCGCUUUGCACAAACCUAACAUCCUUAACAGGGGAAAGGCAGCUGUAGGAUACUAAUUUUAAACCUUGGACACUUUGAGUGCAAUCCCAUUGUAUUAAAUCGGACCAAAUAUCAACGAUACUGUUGACACUUAAAGUGAAACCCUAUUGUUGCACAGUAGAGACGAGAGCACGGAAUGUUCUGGUAUGCAGGUUAGAAAAAAAUUGAGCAGAGGGGAUUCUGGAAAAGCCCAUUCUUAGAGCACUAAGCAGUGAUUCCUGAGGAUGUUUUCAUACCAAACCUGUGGCAACCGGGUUUUCAGUGACAGAGAAAUGAGUGCUAUUAGGUAAAGGGGAAUACGCCACCCUUAAAUGGGCCAUUUUGGCAUAUUGAUUAAUUUUAAUUAAGGUUACUGAAGAAAUAGCCAGUGCAAGAAGGCAUCCUCACCCUCCUCUGUGUUCCCGAAAGCGGGAAAUAAAUCUCCCCCGUGAAAGGCACCGUCCGUAUGCACCAGGAGGAAGAGAGACACGGUUAUCCCCAGAGAUAGGGGAUUUAGCAACAAGAAGACGGAGAUACCGUUACUUCUUCACUGAUUAACCACCCCAAGCUCAGACCCCUUUGGUUUUGUCAGUUCUUCAUGAAUGCAUCGUUCCUUCAAUGCAUGGGCACUUCGUUGAUUUUCGUAUUCGUAUGGGCUCCCGUAUAUACAACAUUAGAUUUCUCCUCCUGUGACUCCAUGUCGAUUUAGCUAUUAGACCAGCCAAAGAACCUAGAAGAGGGGGAAAGCUUUCUGCUCCCACGUCGGGCACGCUCACUAACAAGGGUCCCAUGUACGUGAGUCUCAGGUACUUGCGUCAGGAUCAAGGAGUGAACUUUCCAGUACAGGAAAAGCAGCAAUCCAAAAGCAUGACAUUUUGGGGGGGGAGGGGUGUUUAAAAAUUUAUGCAAACUUUUGAGGCGCCCAGGUGGCACAGUUGGUCGAGCAUCUCAGUUUCUGUUCAGGUCGUGGUCUCAGGGUCGUGGGACUGGGCCCCGUGUCAGGCUCCUUGUGCGCAGCACGGGAUCUGCUUGAGAUUCUCUCUCCCUCUCGCUCUGCCCCUCCCCCCUGCUCAUUCUCCUCUCUCUCUCUCUCUCUCUGAUAAAUAAGUCUUUAAAAAAGAUAAUAAAAAAUUGAUGCAAACUUUGGAUUGUACCUCAGGAGACCCAAGUGUUCGAUUAUGACAUUUUUGGUCAUGAUGUCUUUGAUACUAAUGCCUUUAAUUAACACUCGUGUAUGUAUUUAUUGAUUUUUGAAGGCCCUGCUCCAUGCCACAACUCUUGGGCAGUUUUUGUUUGUUUUGUUUUACCUUCUUAGAAGUCACAUUGUUGCAAUAAAUGUUGAAGUUUUGAACUGUC